UGAUGCAAAAUAACGUGAGCAGGUUUUUCAUACACACUGUUGUUUAACAAGGAUUUCCAUGAGUUCACAAUAUUUUUAUGUUUGAAAACGUUUUCCAUUAUUUUUUGUAGCCAUGACACGCUUUGGGCCUUGGUUGUCAUGGUUACCGUGGUCACCGUGGUUCCUGACAGGAAGCUUUACGGCUCAAGAAGAGGGGCAUCCUUCCGGCAAAAUACAGUUUGUUCUUUUAAAAAAGCUACUAAAAAACAGCUGUAAAGGCAAAUGAAAUAAACUUACCUGUCUCACCUGAGCAGGAUGGACCUUGGAUGGAGAACUCUUCGUGCUUGGUCAGCUAGAACAGACAUGCCUCGUCAGUUUCCAAAGGUAACUCUGAGCGAGGCAGAGGAGGAGACGCAGCUGCGAGCAGAAAAAGUGUACGCCUCAGCACUAAAGGAAGAAGACAACAAGGAUGCCCUGUCGAUGUUCACCGUGCCUGAGGAUUGCCCGAUUGGCCUCCAGCAAGCCAAGGAACAUGAACUGCUUAAGGAGCUGGCAGAGCAACAGUCGGAGGAGAGUGCCAAGAGGAGGAAAAGCUUGAAGAUGAUUCGUUCACAGUCGUUGUCCCUGCAGAUCCCAGUGAACACAGACUGGCCCCGCUCAGUGGCAGCUACUCCUUACCUGUCGCCCAGCUCCACCUGCUCAUCAGUGCCCGAAAGCUGCCCUGAUUACCAAAGGGUUACUAUCAGUGGUGACUGUUGUGCUGGGGUCACAGUGGAAGACUAUGAGCAGGCAGCCAGAAGUCUGUUUAAAGCUCUGCUUAUUCGUGAGAAGUACUCUAAGUUAGCCUAUCACAGAUUUUGUAGAACCACAAGCCAGUUUCUCCGCAGUGCUGAGAACAUGAGAUGGAGUGAAGAAGAUGAGGUUCUGCCAGACAUGUGGCCAUGCCCAGCCGAUGGGGAGGAUCCCUAUCGCAUGGACAACACCCCUGAGAACCUGAACUACGAGCUGAAGAUGAAGGACGGGAUCGUGUACGUGUAUGAUAAUGAGGAGGCUCUCAGAAAACAACAGGCCCACGAUCUUCCUUACCCAGACUUGGAGACCUUCGCCAUAGAUCUCAGUCACGUGCUGGCGAUGAUCGCAGACGGGCCCACGAAGACCUACUGUCACCGAAGGCUAAAUUUCUUAAGUUCAAAGUUCUUCCUCCAUGAGAUGCUCAAUGAGAUGGCUGAGCUAAAGGAGCUGAAGAGUGUGCCCCACAGAGACUUCUACAACGUUAGAAAGGUGGACACACAUAUUCAUGCAGCUGCCUGCAUGUCUCAGAAACACCUGCUGACCUUCAUCCAGACAACAUAUAAGACCGACGCCAACCGUGUAGUUUUGGAAAAUGCUGGACAAAAGAUGACCCUCCAGCAGGUUUUCCACUCUCUCAACAUGGACCCCUACGACCUCACUGUGGACUCUCUGGAUGUUCAUGCUGGGAGACAAACCUUCCACCGCUUCGAUAAGUUCAACUCCAAGUAUAACCCGGUGGGGGCCAGUGAGCUUCGGGAAAUCUUCCUGAAAACAGACAACCUCAUCAACGGAGAGUAUUUCGCUCGCAUCAUAAAGGAAGUGGCUCACGACCUGGAGGAGAGUAAGUACCAACACGCAGAACCUCGUCUCUCCAUCUACGGACGCUCUCCUGACGAGUGGGACAGUCUGUCUGAGUGGUUCAUCCACCAGAAGGUGUACUCUCCCAACAUGAGGUGGAUCAUUCAGGUGCCCAGAAUAUAUGAUAUUUUUAAAGCGAAGCGGCUGGUACCGAACUUUGCCAAGAUGCUGGAGAACAUUUUCCUUCCACUGUUCAAGGCCACCGUUAACCCACAGAAGCACAAAGAGCUUCAUGUUUUCCUGAAAUAUGUGUCGGGCUUUGACAGCGUGGACGACGAGUCCAAACACAGCGAUCACAUGUUCUCCUUCAGGAGCCCAAAGCCGGAGCAGUGGACUGCAGACGUCAACCCCCCUUACAGCUACUACAUCUUCCACAUGUAUGCAAACAUCAUGGUCCUCAACAACCUCAGAAAAGAGCGUGGACUGAGCACCUUCCAGUUCCGACCCCACUGUGGAGAAGCUGGAUCGAUCACUCACCUGGUCUCUGCCUUCCUCACUACUGACAACAUCUCACACGGACUCAACUUGAAGAAGAGCCCAGUGCUGCAGUACCUGUACUACUUGGCGCAGGUGCCCAUUGCAAUGUCUCCUCUGAGCAACAACAGCCUGUUCCUGGAGUACUCCAAGAAUCCUCUCAGAGAAUUCCUGCACAAAGGUCUGUGUGUGUCCCUGUCCACAGAUGAUCCCAUGCAGUUCCACUACACCAAGGAACCGCUGAUGGAGGAGUACGCGAUAGCAGCUCAGCUGUGGAAGCUCAGUACCUGUGAUGUGUGUGAAAUAGCCAGGAACAGUGUGCUGCAAAGUGGAUUGUCUCAUCGGGAUAAGAAGCACUUCUUGGGAGUGAACUAUCUGAAGGAUGGACAUGAAGGGAACGAUAUCCGUCGGACCAACGUGGCCCAGAUCCGCAUGGCCUACAGACACGAGACGCUGUGCAACGAGCUGAGCUUCAUAGUCGACGCAGUGAAGUCAGACGCUGUGAACGGCCAGUACGAGUAAGAGGAGCCUCACGCUGUGCCGAAGCCAAGCAUGCUGCGCUCUUAUAUCACUAUUUACCUUUAUUUAAGAUACACCGAGUGACUUGAAUGAUUAAAUAAAAAUGCAAUCUCUUGUCACUUAAAGAGCAAUACUUAGCUGCCUCAAAGUUAUUAACAGAUGAGAUGUUGAAAUGAAGACGCAUGCCUCGGAUGACUGAUGGUACUCUGGUUGUUAAAGGUUUAGAUGAAAGCUGUGGAGGACCUCAUGUGAAGCAUUCAGUCAUUAAACAAACCUCCUACGUAUAAACAUCUGUACCUUACACUCCCUCCUGUGACAGGAGUGUGUCAUAGAAACUGUUCUCUUUUAUCGUGUACACUGCUUAUCAGACAUGAAGACACUUGUGGUUGAGAGAGCUUUGCACAGACACAGCUGAAGAGAUGAUGGCUGGAGUUGUGUCCUUUUCUUUAAAAAGCUUGUUUUAGGUUUCAGUGAAUUCAGUGACAGAUGUUGAUAUACUGAUGAUAUCUACUUUUUGCCUAAAAUUGUCUCAGAAAACUUGCUUUUACACGUGUGCUUCUUAUCUGAAGCCCCAAGAAGGAUGUAAUGAGAAUAAAAAAGGAGUCAGUCGUCAAAGUGAUUGUAUUGCAAACAUCGCCCCCUGGUGGUUAAACUGCCCCAUUUAUUUACAUUAGAGGACA